AUGGAAGAGAAAAAAAAAAGAGAAAAUAUUCAAGCGAAGAGCGAACAAAAAAACACAGUUAAAAUUGAAAAUUACAAAAUAAAUAACGCAAAAUGUGAAGAUAUUUUAAAAGAUAAACGCGGUGAAAAUGUAGAAAAUAACAACAUUUCAAUAAUAGAAAAUUACAAGCGCGCCGAAACUGACGAUCAAAAAGGUGAUCAUUGUGAAAUGACAUUUGACAAAAGGGAUUGUAUAAAUGUUGAUACUUCUAACAACAUGAACCACCUCGAUGCAACACACAAUGAAAACAAAAAAGAAGAAAAGGAAAUUAAUUAUUUUCAGGAAAAUAAAAAUGAAUCCAAACAUUUGGAGGAAAAGAAAAAUGAAAACCAAAUAAAUCAGUUACAAGAAAAUGAGACGUGCAUAAAAAAGGAAGGCGAAAAUGGAGUUAACCAUACCGAUAAAGAGGCUAAUUUGAAAGACUACUAUAAAGACCUGCCAACCGUUAUAAUCGUAAUUGGAAUGGCGGGGAGCGGUAAGACGACUUAUGUUGGGUCCUUAUAUAAUUAUCUAAAAGUAGAAAAAAAAAAAAAAGUAUAUACAAUGAAUUUAGACCCAGCUGUUAAAUAUUUGCAAUACCCAGUAAACAUAGAUAUAAGAGAUAGUAUAAAAUAUCAUGAAAUAAUGAAAGAGUAUAAACUUGGACCCAAUGGUGCCAUAAUGACAUGUUUAAAUCUAUUUGCUACCAGAUUUGAUAAAGUCAUUGAAAUAUUAGAAAAGAGGAAAAAUAAAUUGAAUUAUAUAAUUGUUGAUACACCUGGGCAAAUUGAGGUAUUUAAUUGGUCAGCAAGUGGUAAUAUUAUUUUAGAAACCUUAUCAGUCAGUUUUCCAGUUGUUAUUAAUUACAUUAUCGAUACUGUUAGAUGUGAAAGACCUAUUACAUUUAUGUCUAAUAUGCUUUAUGCGUGCAGUGUUUUAUAUAAAGCCAGACUACCUUUUUUAGCUUGCUUUAAUAAAACCGAUAUCAUUAAACAUGAUAAAUGUGUCGAAUGGAUGAAAGAUUAUGAUAGCUUCAAUGAAGAUGUUAUACAUGAUGAGAGUUAUAUGGCUAGCUUCAGUAGAUCAUGUGCACUAAUGAUUAAUGAAUUCUACGAGGGAAUAAAAACUGUAGGUAUUUCUUCCAAAACUAAUGAAGGGUUUAAUAGUAUACUAAAAAAUUUAGAUCUUCUAAAGGAAGAAUAUAUUAGUGAAUAUGUUACUUUUAUUGAAAAACAAAUGAAAAAAAUUAAAAGAAAAAAGGAAAAAAAUAUCAAAUUGAAAAUGGAAAAUUUAUUAAUUCAGAAACAAAAGGAUCUAUCCAGUAUAAAAAAAUAA